AAAGUAUCCUCCUCAGCGGUUUAUCUCCUGCCGAAAUGUUUGUAUGUAAUUAAACUCUUGCAAAGCUACCUUAUAUAAACUUGUUAUGAAGCAAGCCCUCCGGCACCUCGGUCCGCUAUCACUGAGAAACCACAAUUAUCCCAGUUCGGCUUCGGUGGGGCUCUCUGUCGCCGUGACAAAUGCGCCAAGCAUCUGGGACCCUGGGGGGUGAGCGGGCCAUACACCUCACCAAGCAUCAUCCAACUUCUCACUUCGACUUCUUAUCGUCACCGGUUGCUCUGGCAGUAUACUCGGCGAUUAGAGAAUACGGUUUCAUUUUGGGUGUUCAUCUGAUCUUGACGGGUUCUCUAUUCACUACCUUUUGCGGGGCGAACCUCCUAAUCACCUGCUUGUUUCACCGUCUUUCACCAAUCGGCCAGCUUCCUGCAUUGCUCCCCUCCCCCACCACGCUGGAUAUCUUCAUAUUUUAAUCUAUCUUGCUACCUUGGCGUAUAUCAAUCUUCGCUGCCGACCUGAAAUCAUCAAAGUCACUCCUGGAGAGUGAAACUUAACACUGCCUCGCCUGCCACGACCUUCUCACAACCACCAUGUCUGUCAUUCAAGUCGAAGAUUUGGUCUUGUACCAACUCCGAACCAGCUACUUGAACGAUAUCGCUGAUGGAGUUGGCGAGCGUCUUUUCACUUUGAACGAGAACUUCCUCAAUUCAGCACCUUUCAAAUCGGCAGGAUGGCGCCCAAAUCCCGCUCUCAUCAAGAGGACUCAUUCGCCUCCGAUUCCAACGGCCAUUGCUUCCGAGUAUUUCCAGGCCCCCAAGGCGGCUGGACUAACGCUGGAAGAUGAGGGCGAAGAAAAUGGCUUGUUUCCAGGUGGUGUUCCGGAGACACUUGGGCCAAGUCUAGCGACGAAACGGCGGCGCCGGCGUGAGCAAAUGGAGGAAGAUGACAGCAGCGAUCUUAGCGAUGAAAGCGACGAUGAGCCUGAUCAACGUGCUGCUCAGCAGAUAAAAUUUGCGAAGAUGCCUGUGCGCAACCGAUCAGGUUCCUCUCCUCUGCAAUCAUCCAACCUACGGCAGAUGACCACCGUUUCACCUGCUCGCCCUGUCCCAAGGAGAGGCUCGCAGUCCGCUCUCGAAACUGUCAAAGAACGGGCUAGACGCGACACGGUGACGAGUAGUGAGGUCUCUUCGGAGAAUGAAUUUGAGUCAUCAGGUUAUCACAGGCACAGGGAAGCCGCCCGACAAGCGGCAGCUAGAGCCGCCAAGCUGUCGGUCAAGCUCACCGAGCCCACCGAGGGCAUCAAGAGACAGGGAAGUGAACUUCUCGAGGAAGAGGCGGAGUCCGAUUCUGAUGCCUCGGAUAUGUCUUCGGCUUUCAUUGAGAGCAUCGACUCAGCAUCCAUUUUGGAGGCUGUGAAGAACCCUAUGAACGCUUCACUUCGGGAGCAGGUUGUGGGCACACCACCCAGGGAGUUCACGCGAAGGAUGACGAUACGGAAGUCGGCAAUGCCCUUGCCUCUACACUUACCGGUGGGCGAUCUACCACCACCCCGUCCGUUGAGCACAAUUCGGCCCAUCAGCAUGAUCCAGCCGAAGAGUUUGUUAUCCGCAGCUCUGAAAGCCAAGAAGACGAAGCCAACCCUGCCGUUCGAUGGAUUUGCCUCGCUUUCUGGUCAGGGAGACCCGAAUCCCAUCAUGCUGCGCAUCUAUGCCCCAUUUUCGAAGCAGCCCUCAAAACCAUUCGAGGUUCUUAUUCGGCGGACGGUUCAUGAGGGAGAAGGCGGCGACCGAGCCGUAACGGUUGCCGACCUAAUUGGUUUGAGCUUGUGGCGAUAUAACGAAGAAAAGCUGGAGCCACCACUUCCCAGCGACAAGCUCAAUGUGAACUGGUGGACUUUACGAAUGGUUGAGGAAGAUGGCGAAGUCGAUGAUGACUUCCCACCCUUGGAGCGCAAAAAGCAGCUCACCUCAUUCACAACAGCGAACAACAGGGCCGGAAGAGCCCGUUCAGCUUCCAAAGUCUACGACAUUUUUGCUUUGUCGCAAGCUUCACAGGAUGAAUUUGAAGAGAACCAGCGGGUGACACCGCAGUUCGAGCAUGAAGCCGGCGGCGAAGACGAGGACAAGGACCUUACUCCCAAGGGCACGCCCCGACCCGAGGCCGUCUUGGGUGCUCCCGCGCCGCCUAGAGAGAACCCCGUCCUCAACACGGGAUACAAGGCAGGCACCAUGUUCGCCGAUGUGCCUCAAUCUACCCAGCCUACCGCACCUGCGUCCCGCGGUGAGAAGAGGCUCCUUCGCAUUCACAUUCACUCGUCAGAUGCUGCCCCAGGGCAGAUGCUCACACUCGACGUCAGCACCGAAACGUGGUUAGCCGAAGUUCUGGACACAGCGUGUAGAAAACGCCAGCUAGACAAGGCCAAUCAUGUGUUGAAGGUUCCGAAUACCGGCACCGUGGUGAUGCUUGACCGAACGGUCGCUUCGUUGGGCAAUAUCACAGAAUUAGAUCUGUACCGUCGGCGCUUUGCCACAGACGGGCCGCUCACCAUGACGGGUUCGCCAAGCAGCUCGUCACCUAGGCCGGUUCUGUUUUCUGAUAACUCCAGCUGGACCAAGGCGAAGAAAUCCAAGCUUUUGGGUACCCAUCCAUUGGCAAAGGAGGUCCUGAAGCAGGAUGAACUUGGACUCAGCACCCAGGUCAGAAAGUACACAGUUUGGCGGAAGCAGCCGAUGCGGUUGCUGUCAGAGAAGCUGUUUGCCAUUGACAGUGAGCAUGUCCACAUCAUGCCAGCCUCUGGCACCAAGAGCGGGGAUCUCGAUUCCAAGAUGACAUCCAUCCACUUCAGCAAUGUGGUGGGCUGCAAGGUUUCACGCAAGCACCCGACCAAUUUCAAGCUCGUGGUGUACAAGUCUACCGAGAGCAAGAGGUACGACUUUGUGACCAGCAGCCCGGAAUCCGCGGCAGAGAUUGUUCAAGAACUCAAGAAGGGCAUUUCGCCAUACCGAGAAGUCUGA